ACCCGGAGAAAACCCACACAGAGACAGGGAGAACUUGCAAAAGAUGUCUGUUGCAAGGUGACACUUGCAAAAUCUCACAUGAAAGCAUUUACUCUGUUGACUGCUUUAUUACGGGUCACAGCAAAAGCAAGUGAAGAGCUACUGCUGCGCAAGCACCAAUCCGAUCACACUCAAUGGCCAGAUCAGUGGCUCAAUAUAAUGCAGGCAGCAACCUCUAUGGAGUCAUGUAUGAAUGCAUAAGCCUUCUGUUCAAACAUCUGAUGGAUCUGUAACAACACACGCCUGUAUGAGCGCUCUGUCUGUCCCUUUGAGCAGCCGAAUAACCAGAACAUCACUCCGCCUCUUUACACUGAGACGCUCUCACUGGAGCACAGUUCAUUUACAACCAUUGCAGUGGUGCAGUACGCACAAUGAUGAACUUUACCUCGAUGAUGGCUUUACUCUCUACCUUCAGCUGGAUCUCUGCCUCAGUUUCUGAGUUUCACACUGUGGAGCUUCAGCCUGGCGAAGAAGCCACACUGAUGUGCUCCAAUUUUAGCAGAGUGGUCGCUCACAUAUUCUGGUUCAAACUUGACAACAGACCAAACAUCAGCUGCAUCUCCUCAAUGGUGAGCGCUGAAGGCAAUGUUUCUCUCUAUGAUGGAUUUCAAAAUGGAAACUUCAAUAUGACAUCCAACAUCACGACCAUCUUUCUCAUGAUCAAACAAGUGGAUUUCUCAGACUCUGGACUGUAUUUUUGUGGAACUAAAUCAGACAGCAGGCCAGUUAUUGUCAGUGCAACACAUUUAAAGGUUCAAGUUGAAGAGCUUGAUGGAACAACAGAGCCAACAUAUGUGAUCCUGGGUGCUCUGAUUGCUGUCCUUGUUAUGGUCAUCAUGGGUCUGAUUGUCAAAAACUCAAGACUUCAGACAGCUCGUGAGCACAGACAGAAUUCACAACAGAGUGAGAAUCUGGCCUCUGAUGCUUUGACGUAUGCAACGGUGAAUUUCCACGGUAAAGCAAAAAGAAGACCUGCAUCAGAGAACCCACCUGAGAUAAAUGUUGUGUAUGCUGCCACCAGAUGACUUAGGAAACAUCUGGAACAGUAGAGUGGAGCUUGUGGAAAUAAAAUGAAAGUCUUAACAUUUAUUCAUGCCAAGUGUCUAAUAUCUUGCUGAGGAGGCCCUGUAUAAAAACCUCCUCUCUGAUUGGAAUUAUACUAUAAUUAUACUUCAUCCAACACUGAUUUUGUGCAAUUAAUUACAUGAAGUCCUGAGUGCUUACAAAUGAUUUGAUGAUGACAUUGUUAUACCACUGUUUGGGUUUUGAAAAUCUCUUUUUUUCCUUAUUUUUCGUACUUGGGAGCAAAAGAAUAUGACUGAUGCUUAAGGAAGUAGGAGCCAGAAAGGACGCUGAUGACUGUUAAGUAUUUCUGAUGCUCAUGAUGAGAGUGAGAUGGAAGUUUGCAGCAGUGAAAGACUGAUUGAGGUUCACCUCACUUGUUUGACAGGAAGAGACAGCACAGUGUGGUCUGAACAAAACUGAAGUUAAAAAAACCACUGAGCCUCUUAACUCCAAGUUUUAUGAGUGUUAAUUAUCUGUAAUCUGUUGAGAGGCCAAAACAAGAAAUGUUUAAAUGAAAUGUUUAAAAUAAUGCAUGUCACCACACCCUUCAGCACAGGUCACACUUAACACGUCAGACUCCACCACCAGUUUAUCUACACAUGGUUCAUUGGUGACUUUCUAACUGAAGCACAGUGAGCAGUUCCUCAGCCUCACAUGAAACCAUUUUCUCAGCUUCAGGCUGCACAUUUUUAAGCCAUGACACAUCACAGUACAGCUACAGCGGUCGCACAGUCCAGCGUUCUCUAUUGUAACAUGUAUUCUGUCUUUUUGAUGGAUCAUAAUGAGAGACACACAGUUAAAAUAAAGACCUUACUGAAGAACAGCUUGCCAUGCUGACAGUUGUUUGAUGCCUUGGAAGCUGCAAAACUCCAGAGGAUAAAGACAGAAUGUUGAACAUUACAAUUUUUAAAUAUGCUGCCUGCAGAGAGACUUUGGACACAAGUGGAACUUCUACACUGAGUGGAAGUGAUCUUCUGUAUUUAUGUUUAAUGUUUAAGUACCAAGAAAUACACAAUGAGUUGUUCUCACACUGUAAGCAAUAGCCACAAAACACAAUAAACAGUCCUUGAAUUGGUGGUA